AUGGACCAACCCCCCGUGCCCAAUGCCGCCGCCAUGCAUAACGUCCAGCGUCGCCGUGGCUCCGUGGGCACCUCCCAGCUCUUCGAUAACAUCGUUUCCACCUCAAACUUUGACCGAGAUGAAGUUGAUCGUCUGCGGAAACGUUUCAUGAAGCUUGAUAAGGACGCCUCCGGCACCAUCGACCGCGACGAGUUCCUUUCCUUGCCUCAGAUCUCCUCCAACCCGCUUGCCACCAGAAUGAUCGCCAUCUUCGAUGAGGACGGUGGUGGUGACGUUGAUUUCCAAGAGUUCGUCACCGGUCUGUCCGCCUUUAGCUCCAAGGGCAACAAGGAGGAGAAGUUGCGCUUUGCCUUCCGAGUCUACGACAUCGACCGCGACGGAUAUAUCUCCAACGGCGAACUGUUCAUCGUGCUCAAGAUGAUGGUGGGUAACAACCUCAAGGAUGUGCAGCUGCAGCAGAUCGUCGACAAGACGAUCAUGGAAGCCGACCAGGACGGCGAUGGGAAAAUCAGCUUCGAGGAAUUUACACAUAUGGUGGAGAGCACAGAUGUGAACCUGAGCAUGACGCUGAACCAAAUAUAA